UGGAAACAGAGGAGCAAGCCUGUUGUAAUCGCUACGCCCACUUGGUGGCCUAUAAAGGAAGCAUGUGAACCCCGGCAGCCCUACACAACUUGGGGCCCCUCUCCUCUCCAGCCCUUCUCCUGUGUGCCUGCCUCCUGCUGCCGCCACCAUGACCACCACCAUCUGCCAGUUCACCUCCUCCAGCUCCAUCAAGGGCUCCUCCGGCCUGGGGGGCGGCUCCUCCCGCACCUCCUGCCGGCUGUCUGGUGGCGUGGGUGCCGGCUCCUGCAGGCUGGGAUCUGCUGGCAGCCUGGGCAGCGCCCUCGGGGGUAGCAGCUACUCCAGCUGCUACAGCUUUGGCUCUGGCGGUGGCUAUGGCAGCAGCUUUGGGGGUAUUGAUGGGCUGCUGGCCGGAGGUGAGAAGGCCACCAUGCAGAACCUCAAUGACGGCCUGGCCUCCUACCUGGACAAGGUGUGCGCCCUGGAGGAGGCCAGCACUGAGCUGGAGGUGAAGAUCUGUGACUGGUACCAGCGGCAGGCCCCGGGGCCUGCCUGUGACUACAGCCAGUACUACAGGACAAUCGAGGAGCUGCAGAACAAGAUCCUCACAGCCACCGUGGAUAAUGCCAACAUCCUGCUACAGAUUGACAAUGCCCAUCUGGCUACUGCUGACUUCCGCCCCAAGUUUGAGACAGAGCAGGCCCUGCGCCUGAGUGUGGAGGCCGACAUCAAUGGCCUGCACAGGGUGCUGGAUGAGCUGACCCUGGCCAGAGCCGACCUGGAGAUGCACAUUGAGAACCUCAAGGAGGAGCUGGCCUACCUGAAGGAGAACCACGAGGAGGAGAUGAACGCCCUGUGAGGCCAGGUGGGCGGUGAGAUCAACGUGGAGCUGGACGCUGCCCCAGGCGUGGACCUGAGCCGCAUCCUGAAUGAGAUGCAUGACCAGUAUGAAGAGAUGGCAGACAAGAACCGCAAGGAUGCCGAGGAUUGGUUCUUCAGCAAGACAGAGGAGCUGGACUGCGAGGUGGCUACCAACAGCGAGCUGGUGCAGAGUGGCAAGAGCGAGAUUUUGGAGCUCCGGCGCACCAUGCAGGCCUUGGAGAUCGAGCUGCAGUCCCAGCUCAACAUGAAAGCAUCCCUGGAGGGCAACCUGGCAGAGACAGAGAACCGCUACUGCAUGCAGCUGUCCCAGAUCCAGGGGCUGAUCAGCAGCGUGGAGAAGCAGCUGGCCCAGCUUCGCUGCGAGAUGGAGCAGCAGAACGGGGAAUACAAGAUCCUCCUGGACGUGAAUACGUGGCUGGAGCAGGAGAUCGCCACCUACCGCCACCUGCUGGAGGGCGAGGAUGCCCAGCUGACUCAGUACAAGAAAGAACAUAAGCAUCUUCCGGUGACCACCCGUCAGGUGUGUAGCAUUGUGGAAGAGGUCCAGGAUGGCAAGGUCAUCUCCUCCCGCGAGCAGGUCCACCAGACCACCCGCUGAGGACUCAGCUUCCCCGGCCAGCCCCCCAAGAGGCAGGGAGGCAGCUGCCCCAUCUGCCCCAAAGUCUUCGGCCUCUCCAGCCUCAGCCCCCUGCUUCAGUCCUU